CCAGGCACACUACACGGGCAACUACAUUUGCCACCACGAAACGAACGCGGUGCGGCAGCUCCGGGAGGAGAUUCGCAAUCUCGUUGUGGGCAUGCCGGACGGGUACAAGCACAGUUGGAUCCCCAGCACGAAGCUGUACCACAUGCGCCGGCUCCGGGAGGUGUUCUGGUUCGUCGCGCAGGGCCGCAGUCUAUCAAAUGCAAAAGUGUCUGGGUCUGGAAGGGUGCAACUUGUGAUGCUGAAUUUGGAUUCUACAAAAAUCUGUAUUGCGUGAACAGCAAAAGAGGUCCAGUUUUUGCAACGGCGAAAGGGCAUUUCUCAUGCGGUAUAGGCAUCAAUAAGCCCUCACAAAAUCUGUGAUGCUAGAGCAUGCGUCACAGACUUCAGGAGUCAUGCAAAGUGUGCAUGACAAACCUUGCAUCCUUCCAGACCCAGACAUUUUUGCAUUUGAUACAGUCUUAUGCCGCACUACUCCAGCGUGUUGCGGGCACGAGCCCUGGUGC